AUGCCAUGGUUUCGCACACGCCUUCCAGCACCAAAUGACUCUCCAUCAAGGAGCGAGCGACAAGUCGAUGAAGUUGUCAGGCGCACUGAGCUAAGUGGGGUUUCAGGUCCUGGUAACGCUCAGAAUGAAAAUCGACCUCAGUUAGUACAGAGCACGACCCCUCUUUCAGGCUCUCGCGAAAGACGUCCCAGCAUCAUUCCGCGUCGUAUGAAGCCGUCUUCGCAAUCACUUGGUGGUGCUUCAAGAAAUCCGGCGAAUACUGCUGCCAACAAUCAAAGCGAGCUGUCUAAAUCCAAAGAGCUGCAAUCCAAAUCUACGAGGGCACCUCAGAACACAAAGCCACCGAAAUCGGUUGAAGCAACCAGAAUCAGUGAGGUAUCUGGUCCCCAGCAGGCGUCUUCAGGUGCCCCCGGAUCCAGAGAAGCGUCCAAAUUCACAAAGCCGCCCAAGUCUGAGGAGUCAAGCGGACCAAAGAACGCACCAAGAUCUGGGAAAGCCGCCACGUCUAGGCAAGGAUUUGGGUCUGAGAUGCCAUCUGAAUUCAAUGGGGUAAAUGGAGCCAACAUGCCAUUGAGGUUAGAGGAUGCUCCUGGACCUGGAAAGCCAUCUAAUGUCGAUGUAACCAAUCCCGGAACUAAAAACGAUAGUAAGACGGGACUUUGCUGGAAAAAGGCCAUAUUGCUUUUAAGAAAGGAGCAUCCGAAAGAGUUUGAGGUCCUGUUGUCAGCAUCCGAAGAGAAGUCGCUGAAAGAGGAGGAGGUCUUUGAUUGUUUGGGUUUGACAUCAAAGGAGCAGGUCAAAAGCGGAAAAGCACAUAUAUAUGUCGAAAGACUUUGGCAAGCUUUAGAGCCAUUCCAGCAACUCGGGAUGAUAGCAUCGCGUGUGGAUCCCCACGGUAUCGCCCCUUUUGCGGUCGCAUCGUUAUUCCUUUUGGUCAAGUUAGCACGGGGUUUGGAAUACCGAGAGCUCGUCAUUGAAAUCUUUUCCGACAUCACUUGUAUGAUGAUGCGGUGGUACCAUUUCGAAACACGAUUGUUUAAUCAACACGAUCCGUCCUUAAUCAACACCAAGGACCAGAUUGACGCCCUUAAAGGCCGUCUGACAGAUUUAUUCUUUGCAGCGCUGAAACUUGCAGCCACUAUAUACAAGUAUUUGGACGGUCACAUGGCCCUAAGAUUGGGCCGUAGGUUGAUAGCCGACAAGGUUAAGUGGCAAAACAUGCUCAAGGAACUCAGGGCCAUCGAAGCUCAGUGCAAAGCAUGCAAGGAAGUGAUGGAUGCGGAGUCGAAGUUCCAGAAAGACAACGCCAGCAUUCUCGCCUGGAUUACAAACACGAACCAAAAGCGGGACCACGAGCUCUUGCGGGCCUCACUCGGGAUAGAUAAGGUCUAUAAAGACUGCGGGAAGUGGCUGUUCAUAACUCCCGAGUAUCACAACUGGAAAAAAGGUCGGCCCGCCUCGAAGCCAGUACUGUGGCUCAAAGGUACAGUGGGAACUGGAAAGACAACUUUGAUGUGCAGAGCCAUCGAGGAGCUGCGUGAAGACUUUAAAUAUGGGGAUCAUGGUGAGCACCCAGUAAUACACUAUUACUGCACAGGUACACCCUGUGUGCAGGAAGAGUAUGACAAACACAAGUUGGAUAAUCCAGUCGACUGCAGAUUUUCUACAACAGAGUGUGAAGAACUCCUGAAAAAAUUGAUCCCAAGUGAUCCAAAAAAACUGCGCAUCACGAUCGUGAUCGAUGCUCUCGACGAAUGUGAAGAUAACGGUUAUGAGUUGCUUGAGAUCCUGGGUAACCUUCUACAAAGCCGGCCACAGUCUAUUCGUCUGCUGCUAUCGAGUCAGCUGCAUGUUAGAGUCGAAGAGAACUUCGGCGAUAAUAUUACUGAAUCUCUUCGGGUAAACUCUACCGUGACGAAAGACGAUAUGCACACAUUCAUCGAGACGGAAAUGGAGAAACGCGCGAAGACGCCUGGAAAUCGUAUCUUGGAUUCUCGCACGGGCUUAUACGUAGAGGUAGCAGGGGAGCUCACAAACCGCGCCAUGGGCAUGUUCCAAUGGGUGAAAUUGCGAAUUGGAAUAUUCUUUCCAAAGCCGCCACUAGAAACAACCACGAAGGUGCAGAAAGAGUUAAAGGAGCUUCGAACGGCAAACCCUAAAGAUCUAAACCCCACCUACAGAAGACUAUACGCGAACAAUGUGAUUCAAUAUGAGCGACAGAACACCGCCAAAACCUACCGUCUUAUUUUGAGCGCCUAUAAACCAUUGACCCUCAAGCAAGUUAGAGAAGCAGUAUCCAUCGAAAAUGACGGAAAGAUCAAUAACGAAGUUGACGAGGAAUAUAUCAGAAGACGGUGUCACAGUUUCGUUAUAGAGAACGAAGAUGGGUACUUACAAUUCGCGCACGAGUCUGCAAGGUUAUUCCUGGAAAAAGUUGAAAAUCAUGGGGACAAAGAUUUCGCUGAUGUAGACGAUUUCUCGGAUACCGCAAACCAUCGCGAGAUGCUUGAGAUUUGUCUGAAGCUGAUGAUGAGACCCAACCAUCCAAUGUGGAUACCCGAUGAACUGAGAUUCGUCCAGCAGAAUGGCGGAUUCGAUUGCUCGAGCAGGGUAACAAAGACGAAUUACGAACAAAACUGUGACAUGCUUAUUCAGUGUAUGCAGGGUACAGGUUUCAGUGCAUACACUCUCAAAUACCUUGGCUACCACUGCCGCAAGCUGGGAUCAACACAGUUGCUAGGACCGGGGCUUUCCAGAGACUUAAGUAAUGUUAUCACCGAGCCUAAUACAGCACUUCUUUGGUGGUAUCGGUUUGUGAUCACCUAUCUAAGUCCCCAAGAGUUUAAGGACUCAGGAAACCACCUUGAAAGUUACAAUCAGUGCAGGCGCUUCCAAAAGAAAGUCUUAGUUUGCAUGCAAAACAACCGCACACCCAACCCUUUUCUUGCCGUAUGCAUAUGGGACCUUGCUGAGUGUGUGGACGAACUUCAGGCCCGCCUCUUCCCCAAAAAUGAAGAAUGGUCAUCCGCACUGCAGCUACCACUCGAUGUCUGCUGUUUCUACGGGUCAAGCCGGACAUUAUCGAAGCUCGUCGACGUUUACCCUGCAAAGGCGGACGCACUCAUUAUGGAAGCCCACGGUUUCCUUGGCAAGAUUCCUAUUCAAGUUGCCGUUGAGCAGUUUAGAGUGGAUGUGACUAGGAUUUUAUUGGAAUUCGAACGAAAGCGGGCCCAUAUCACGAAACAAGAACGCUGGACUAGCAAUCAAUUGUUAUGUUUGCGCCCACUGAGUAAAAGAAUGAGAAUAUUAGAGCGCCCUGACGCCGUCCCGAUGCUCAAGCUGUUACUGGAGUUUGAGGCAGAUCAGACUGGGGCACGUUUUCCUCCAAGCUCAGAAGAGUGUUGGCGAGGUUGGGACAUCCAGAUUUUGUCUUGCUCGACUGCCGAACUCACCGAAUUAGAGGCGGCGCUGGGAAGGAAUGAUUCAAACGGGGGAGCAGUUGUGGAGCUGUUGUUGCGAAAAUAUCCGGAUCAUUGGAAUGUCUUCGCCCGCGACAACUACUUCAAACGGCCACAGCUUGUACAGACGCCGAGUGGGGAAGGGGAGAAGGCUAUAAAGAUAGCUUGCCGCAAUCGGGACUAUGACCUGUUUGAUCCAUGCUCACCAUACCAAGAGCUAAUCGACGUCUUGUUGAAGUUCGGAGCUCAACUCGCUGACGCUGAAGAAAAACCCGCCGUUGAAAAGUCCGCCCGUGCAUGCAGCGUCGCUCCACCGCAAACUAAAGAGGAAUAUGUGGAAUAUGCCGAAGACUUUGUUGCAAAGAAUAUAAACAACUUUGUCGAUGUGACGGAAGAAUCCGUCAAAUCUAUUGCUGAAGUCGCAGCGGCCCAAGCCGACAUCGUCGCCACAGAACUUGGAUUGCGUCCUGAAGUAACUCCUGGACUCGUGAAACUUGCCUUUUAUGAUUUUGUCAUCUUGUGCGAUGAUAGUAGCUCAAUGACUUUUGAUGAGCAGUGUAUUCCAGCGCUUAAUGAUACCCUCCGACAGGUUGCUCAUUUUGCCACCAUCCUCCAGCCGAAGGGAAUAUCAGUCCGAUUUCUGAAUCAUGAUGAAGGCAAUGCAAGAAGAUAUGACAACUUAACGGAUGCACAUGACAUAGCAGUGAAAGUUUCGAGCGUACCAUUCUAUGGCAACACUCGACUGGGCAGUGUCCUCAAUGACAAAAUUGUGCGGCCAAGAAUUAUUGAUAAAAUAACAUCGGGUAAGCUCGAAAGGCCGGUGUUCGUGGUCAUCAUUACAGACGGACAACCUACCGACGAGCACCCAGAAAGUCUGCGCAAUACUAUCCGUUACUGCAAAGAUGCCCUCAGCCGUCAAUCCUAUCGUGACGCGGCGGCCGUCUUCCUCAUCUCUCAAGUAGGCGACGCCGCUCAUGCCACAACGUUUCUCAAGAGUCUUGAGACCGACCCGCAAAUAAGCAGCAUGGUGCUGUGCUCCACAGAAAAUAUGGCUGCAAAGCUAGCGCAAUUUCAAAGCAGCCAACAAGAUAAGCAAUACACUGCUUGGGUAAGCAAAUCUAUUCCCAAAAAGGUGCCAAGUUUAGAGGAUUGA